AUGAACCAAAACAGAAAUGUAGAUAACGACGUGAAUGGCACUGGAACUUCAGGUGAAGGUGCCUCGUCCGGCAGGUGUCCUGUGGAUGAGCAGCGCAGACCCGGUCGUAACCAAGAGACUGCCAGAAUGAAGUGGACGAAAGAAAUGAAUAUUGUCGUCAUGGAAUGUUUUUAUAGUGCUGAUCCAUUUGAUGAGAAUGGUGUGCCAAUAAGGGGAUAUCGGCAGCGGAUGUAUAGAGAAUGGCGAGAAAGGGGAAUGUUUAACACCAGUGAACAGAGACUGUGUGACCAGGCCAGAGCUAUCAGAAAAAAUGGUUGGUUGUCGGAGGUGGAAUUAGAGGCCAUAAGGAGAAGAUUGGUAAAACAGAGUGAAGAAGAACAUCAGCAAGACGAGGAAGAUAUAUUAUCAAGAUUGAAUAUUGAGGAGGUCAAUGAGGCUGACAUUACAAUUGAAGUUAGUGAGGCAGCAGAAAUAACACCUGAGGAGCAAUUGAUCAUUGAUGAAGUAAAAGGAUUGGUGGCACAAGGAGUAACAAAUGAUAACAUCAUGUUUAAGAAAGUUGAUCAGAAGAGAUUAAGUGAAGAAACACUUAAAGUGAAUGGAGCCAUUAAACACCUUGUGACAGCAGAUAUCACCCAGACUAAUAACCUCAUUAAAGCAGCUAGUCUUUGGGUUGCCCAACAGCUAGGAUUGAAGACAGUCAAGAAGGAGAAGAAACAGGACCCAUGGUGGAAGCGACGUAUAGAAGGAGACAUAAAGAAUUUGAAGAAAGAUAUCAGCAUACUUGAAAGAGAAAAAAGAGAAGAACUGAAGCAAAGGUUAUUAGCAAAAGCUGCAAAGAUAAAGAGGUAUGGAGAUAGAAUAACACAAUACAGACAGAAUCGAAUGUUUGUAACGGAGCAGAAAAAAGUGUAUAAGGAACUGAAUGGAGGAGCUAGUGGCGAGAGUGUAAUACCGGAUGCUGAAGAGAGUAAGAAGUUUUGGAGUGAGAUCUGGAGCAUAGAAAAAGAACAUAAUAGACAAGCAGAAUGGUUACAGGAUCUGAAAGGAGAACAAAGUAACGUAAAUAUGGGAGAUAUGGAGAUCACAGUAGAGAUGGUUAAAACACAGAGUAGAAAGAUCCCUAAUUGGAAGGCCCCAGGAAGAGACGGUGUCCAAGGUUACUGGAUCAAGCAACUGUCGUCAUUGCACGAGAGAAUUGCAAAUCAGCUGAAUGAAAUUAUAAGUGGUGCAAACAGGUUGCCUGAGUGGAUGGUAUAUGGGAGAACUGUUCUAUGCCAGAAGGAUCCGGCUAAGGGCAGAGCAGUUGAUAAUUUUUGA